AUGUCUGCCCCAGUCGCAGCUCCAGCCCCUACAGCGGGAGGCUCUAGCAAUGCCACUUUCCGAGAUAAGGAGAAGCCCAUGGCGGUGCGCUCCUCGAACAUUGUCGCCGCUAGAGCUGUCGCGGACGCCAUCAGAACCUCUCUCGGUCCCCGAGGAAUGGACAAGAUGAUUCGAGGUGGAAAGGGCGAGACCAUUAUCACAAACGAUGGAAAUACCAUGCUCAAGAGCAUGUCUGUCAUGCAUCCCACAGCAAAGAUGCUUGUCAACCUUUCUGGUGCCCAGGAUGUUGAAGCUGGUGAUGGCACAACAUCUGUUGUCGUUAUCUGCGGAAGUCUUCUUGGUGCUGCCGACCGACUUCUCUCCAAGGGCAUCCACCCUUCCGUCAUCUCCGAGUCCUUCCAACGAGCUGCCGCUGCCGCCGUCGAGGUCCUACACGACAUGUCCCUCCCAAUCACUCUGAGCGAUACUUCCUCGUUACUGCAAGCUGCCAACACCUCUCUGUCGUCCAAGAUUGUUUCCCAAUAUUCGAAUUUGCUUGGGCCCAUGGCGGUGAACUCAGUGACUAAGACCAUCGACCUGAAGACCGCCGAUAACGUCGAUCUUAAGAACAUUCGAAUCGUCAAGCGAGUUGGUGGAACAAUUGAAGAUAGCGAACUUGUUGAUGGUCUCGUCCUCACCCAGCCUGUGCUCAAGAACGCUGGUGGUCCGGCCCGUAUGGAGAAGGCUCGAAUUGGUCUCAUCCAAUUCCAGCUGAGUCCCCCCAAGCCUGAUAUGGAGAAUACUAUUCAGGUCAACGACUACCGACAAAUGGACAAGAUCGUCAAGGAGGAACGAUUAUACCUCCUGAACAUGGCCAAGAAGAUCAAGAAGGCGAAGUGCAACGUUCUGUUCAUCCAGAAAUCUAUCUUGCGAGAUGCUGUCAACGAUCUAUCACUACACUUCCUGGCUAAGCUUGGUAUCCUUGCUGUCAAGGACAUCGAGCGCGACGAGGUCGAAUUCAUCUGCAAGUCAACUGGCUGUAAACCCAUCGCUGAUAUUGAUUCUUUCACUGAGGAUAAGCUGGGCUAUGCGGACCUGGUUGAGGAGGUUCAGUCUUCUGGAUCGCGCAUGGUCAAGGUGACAGGCACCAAGUCUGUCGGCAAGACCGUUUCCGUGGUUGUACGAGGUGCCAACUCUCUGAUCCUUGAGGAGGCCGAGCGAAGUCUGCACGACGCUCUUUGUGUGGUACGAUGCUUGGUGAAGAAGAAGGCUCUCAUCGCUGGUGGUGGUGCCCCUGAGAUUGAAAUUGCUGCACAGCUAUCCAAGCAAGCGCGUAGCUUGACAGGCACCGAGGCAAUCUGCUGGAAGGCUUUUGCGGAUGCCCUCGAGGUGAUUCCCACCACACUGGCCGAGAACGCCGGUCUCAACAGUAUCAAGGUAGUGACGGAGCUACGACACCGACACGAGAUGGGAGAGAAGAAUGCAGGAGUCAGUAUCAAGUCCGGAGGAGUCAACACCAAUAUUUCCAAGGAGAACGUGUUGCAGCCUCUUCUUGUUAGCACAAGCGCGAUCGAGCUGGCGGCCGAGACAGUCAAGAUGAUUCUGAGGAUAGACGACAUUGCUUUAACCCGCUAG